UGCUUCGAAAAUGAAACUAGCUCGCUUGUUACUCAGAGAGAGACUCAGAAGGAAACGAAAAUAAAGCGUUCAAUUAAAAAAAUCUGAGGGGCGGUGGGUGUUUCCCUUUGAUACAGCGGAGGCGACAGAGCCACACGCUGGAAAUGUUGCCUAAACACACCUGGAUGGGACCUACAGCACUGACAUGGAAUUUGUAGCGAUAGGCUCAGCUACCUAUUGAUGCUGAAGUUCCUGUCACUAUGGCGCACUUUGACACAGAGUACCAGCCCCUGGAGGCGUCCUACAGCGACUCUCCUCCUGGAGAGGAGAACCUGUUGAUGCAUGUGCCUGAAGGGUCCAAAUCCCAAUGGCACCACAUAGAAAACCUGGAUCUGUUUUUCCAGAGAAUUUAUAACCUACAUCAGAAGAAUGGAUUCACAUGUAUGUUGCUGGGAGAACUCUUUGAGCUGGUUCAGUUGCUGUUUGUGGUUGGUUUCACGGUGUUCCUCGCUAACUGUGUGGAUUAUGAUGUCCUCUUUGCCAACAAGCUUGUAAAUCACACUAAUUCAUCUAAAGUCACGUUGCCCGGUGCGAUUUACCCUGUGGAAGUCUGCAGUGCCCAUAUCCGAAACAACACAUUUGUGAUCUUCUUGAUGAUAAUCUCUGGGGUGUUUUGGCUGCAUCGGCUAAUCAAAUUCAUCUACAAUGUCUGCUGUUACUGGGAGAUCCGAUCUUUUUACAUCAACGCCCUGAAGAUGAGCAUGUCUGAGCUGCCGUAUGCGACGUGGCAGGAGGUCCAAGCCAGGAUAGUUGAGAUCCAGAAGGAACACCAGAUCUGCAUCCAUAAAAAAGAGCUGACGGAGCUCGACGUCUACCAUCGCAUCCUCCGCUUUAAAAACUACAUGGUUGCCAUGGUGAACAAAUCACUCCUUCCUGUGCGAUUUCGACUUCCUGUUCUUGGGGACUAUGUGUUUUACACUCGAGGUCUCAAAUAUAACUUUGAGCUCAUCUUCUUUUGGGGACCAGGCUCUUUGUUUGAGAAUGAGUGGAGUCUAAAACCAGAGUACAAGCGAGGAGGCAACAGACUGGAGCUGGCAGACAGACUGGCGUCCCGCAUCUUGUGGAUCGGCAUCGCCAAUCUGCUGCUGUGUCCCGUCAUUCUGGUGUGGCAGAUUCUUUACGCCUUCUUCAGUUACACUGAGGUGAUCAAGCGAGAGCCUGGCAAUCUUGGGGCGAGGUGUUGGUCUCUCUAUGGCCGAUGCUAUCUGCGUCAUUUCAACGAGUUAGACCAUGAGCUCAUGUCCCGCCUCAGCAAAGGCUACAAGGCUGCAUCCAAGUAUAUGAACUGUUUCCUCUCACCACUGCUGACCGUGAUCGCUAAAAAUGUAGCUUUUUUCGCUGGCUCCCUUCUGGCCGUGCUCAUCGCCCUGACCAUCUAUGACGAGGAUGUUCUGGCAGUGGAACACGUUCUUUCAUCCAUCACUCUGCUGGGAGUGUGCAUCACAGUCUGCAGGUCAUUUAUUCCCGAUGAGCAUAUGGUCUUCUGUCCUGAGCAGCUGCUGCGGUUCAUCCUGGCUCAUAUCCACUACAUGCCUGACCACUGGCAGGGAAAUGCACACAGAUAUGAGACCCGGGACCAGUUCGCCCAGCUCUUUCAGUACAAAGCAGUGUGUAUUCUGGAGGAGCUGCUCAGUCCAGUGGUGACUCCCAUCAUCCUCAUCUUCUGUCUGAGGAGAAAGUCCCUGGAGAUCAUUGAUUUUUUCCGGAACUUCACAGUGGAGGUAGUCGGGGUGGGAGACACCUGCUCUUUUGCCCAGAUGGACAUCAGGCAGCAUGGACACCCUGCGUGGAUGUCCGAGGGGAAGACCGAGGCAUCGAUUUACCAGCAGGCAGAAGACGGAAAGACGGAGCUGUCGCUGAUGCACUUUGCCAUAACCAACCCUCAGUGGCAGCCUCCUCGGGAGACCACCCACUUCAUCAGCCAACUGAAAGAGCGAGUGCACAGAGAAGCCACGGGGGCGCCUUCAGAAACACACCCAAUGUCCUUAUCGGAGUCUGAACCUCGGAGUCUUGUGGCAAACCUCUUGGCAGGACCCUCGACGCUGGCUUCUGUUCAUUUCGGCCGGGACUGCUCCCUGAUCAAUCAUGCCAUCGGAUUGAGCGAUGGGGCGUCCGCCCUGCGCUCCCUCUCCCCGACCAGUGCCGGCCCUCACCUGAGAGGAAGUUUAAGUGUUGCUCACAAGAGCACUGGGCACACGGCCAAAUCAAUGGCAGGCUCCGGGACUGAUGCUCGGACUGUGAGCUCAGGCAGCAGUGCAUGGGAGGGUCAGCUGACCAGCCUGGUGCUGUCGGAGUACGCUUCAACCGAGAUGAGCAUCCACGCACUUUACAUGCAUGAGCUCCACAAGCAGCAGUCUCACGGCGUGUUGUCCCGCCACACGUGGCACAGACAAGCAAGCGACGAGAGCAGCGACAGCGUCCCCGAUGAAGUCCGGAGCGAGCCGAACCCUCACUCCAGAAACUUCCCUCGCUCGCACACCUUCCCCAACGCCGUUCCCAGUCCGAGUACCAUUCCCCCCUCAGCUUCAGACACCAGCAAUGCCACCCUGGGCCAGGAGGGGGCGAUACAAGGCAGCAGUCAGCGGCGCCACAGUGGACCCGCCACAGACUCUCUUGGAGCAGGAGGGAAAGUUGUCAGGUCUGCUCGUGUGCCUAUGGGAGGAUGGGCCGAGGAGGGCCAAGCUGCACCCCGACACCACGAGCCACUCCCAGAAGAGAGCUCAGAGGACGAGAUGCCUCCUCGCAUGCACAGGGUUACAUAACAAAUUCACCAGAAAAAGUAUCAGCGUCUCACCGUCUAUGACUCACUAAACACACCCUCAUCUCUGUAUGGACCUUUCCCCACCAAUGACCAUCUGAUUCGUCGGAUAACAAAGGAAAUGGGCAAUAAGGGUGUCAUGUGGUUCUCUGAAGUACUGAAAACACCUGGACAACUUUAGAUUGAUGUCGCUACAGUGAUCUUCAUGGGUACAGGGUAAAUCACUGUUCAUCAGCAGAGGACCUGAAGGAUCUAGUUAUUUCUAAGAACCACUAUUACCAUCACGUUACAUUUCACACCUUUAUGAGAUCAGCAGGUUGCAGCACGCCUGAAGAAUUGCUUGUUUCGUUACUAGGGGAAAGAAAAAAAAAAUCAGACACGAGAAUUGUUUAAAAACCGUUUAAAAAUGUGCUGAUACCAGACUUUGAUUGUGUAUGUCUGUUUUUGUUCUAUUAGAAUGAGGCUGUAGAUCCUGCGCUGUUCUGUCUGUCAGCUUGCAUCUGGCCUCUUCCCAAGAUCAAAAGCCUCAAAAAGAGUAAAACUCACAUGAUAUGUAGAAUUAUUUUUUCUGCCUUCAUUGCUUUCUAAGUAAUUUUUUUCUUUUUUCUUUUUUUUUUUAAUUCAAAACCCCUAAACCUCUCCUGCAAUCUGGCUGUUUGUGCCGAUAGAUGUUCGUUUAAAGGAUAAAUUGUACAGAACAUCCUGGUAUUCUGCAUGCUCACCCAUGCACAUUGUAAAUAUAAGUUUUGCAGCAGCCAAAUAAAAACAUUAUACAAACAAUAACAUUUGAAAAUAGAACAGACUAGCAUAGGAGUAAGGCCAGCAUCAUGCGGGUUGUAACCACAGUUGCUUUAUACAACCACAUUUUUUAAUGUUUUGUCUGUUCAUCAUUUACUUAUUUUUCAGUGGACUUCCUUGGACUAACGAGGCAGUUUUAAGCAUGUAAUACUGACUUUUCUGGCACACACAAAAAAGAAACAAAUACAAGUGCAUGUAUAUCAUCUACUCAUCCUUCUGAUGACCAAAAGUAGAUGAACCUCCCAGGAAAAAAACACUGCACUGUGCCAGAUCCUGCUUCAUCGCAACACAACAGUACUCUGUUCCUCUAUCUUUACGCCAGUUUCUUCCAAAAUGCACUUUAGGGAUUUGUCAAAGCAGAGGGUGUCACGUAACAUGGAUUGUGUGUAUGUGUAUAUUUUUCGAUAUACAUAUUUUUAAAUUAUUUUAUUUAUCAAAGGGAUGUGCCAUGAUGAUUGACAGUUGGUGAAUCAGGGAUGUGUUUUUUUGUGUUGUACACUUGAAUGGAGAAAAACUGUCAAGCUGAUAUCACGGUGGGAGACGUAGUGACCCAGUUCGGUUACGGUAUAUUAUAUGAAAUCGCUGUUGGACAUUUGUAAAAAUAUCAUUUUGUACAGUUGUAAAUCCACCUAUUAAAGAUAACACGGUGA